UUAGUGGGUCUUUCGGUAGAUUCCAUACCAGUUUUGUUUUGUUUUUGUGGAUCUCACAAUGUUUCUGCGAAAUUCUAUAAAAGUCAAGCCUUGCAGCGAGAACAACAAUGAGACCGGCGAUAAAGUCCAACAGAAAAUUCAAAUGAUAUACCAAUGGCUGGCCGAUAAUCCCCAUGUCAACGCCUGCACCGACUUUGACAAUUUGAGCCGUUUCCUGCACAGCUGCAAAUAUGAUGUGGAUCGUACAAAGAAAAAAAUCAAAAGUUUCUACCAAAUGCGAGCUGAGCGUACGGAAUGGUUUUCAAAUCGGGAUCCUACACUACCAGAAAUACAAGAACUACUCGAAUUGGGAGUUUUACUACCCGUACCGGGCGUUGAUGAGAAACAACAAAAAGUUGUCAUUAUUCGCACAGCCGUUCACGAUCCAAAAGUGCACACGCAAAAUAAUGUCUUCAAAGUUAUGAAAAUGAUACUCGAUCUGCUGAUUAAAUUCGAACCCGACAAUUGUUUACGUGGCAUUGUGGCCAUAUUCGAUAUGAACGGAGUCCAGUUGGGUCAUGCCAUGCAACUAAAUCCGAAAUUGAUCAAACGUUCUGUGGAAAGUUGGCAGGCCUAUCCAUUUCAACCAAAAUUACUGGAAUUCAUCAAUACUCCCAUGCAUGUGAACCUGGUGUUGAAUACAUUCCGAGUAUUUAUGACGCCCAAAAUGCGAUCACGGGUGGUUGUCCAAAAACGCAACUGUUCGGUAAAAUGCGAAAAUCUGCCCUCGGAUCUGGGAGGCAAGGGUCCUUCGUAUAAGGAGCUGGCAAUACAAUGGAAACGUUUGGUGGAAGAAAAUGCCGCCUACUAUGUGGAAGAUGAUAAAUAUAAGAGCACCAUUGCAAAUAAUUCAAAAUAGUAUAGGAAGGCAAAAACAGGAAAGAGAUUUUUAAUAAUUAAGUACCUGUAUCCAUGGGCGGAUAUGCAUGUAUCGAAAGUUAAAAGUUGAAAAAAUAAUAAUGGAUCAUUUGAACUUGGAUCAGUAUUAUAUACUUAUCACUGUGAAGUUUAGAGGAGAUUUGACAGACGCAAUCAACAGCAAAUACAAAAAAAAAAUAUUUUUUAACGAAUUUUCAACAAAGAAUUUAAAUCAACGGAAUUUGAAACAAAUAUUUGAAUAAGUAAACAGUUGGUAUACACUGACAAAAAACUUUUGCAAAUGUAAAUGUAACCCUUGUUUGCUUAUAAAUCAAAUAUUUUCUGCUGAUUCUUACCUUAAUAGAUAAGUUAAAUGUUAAUGAAAUGAAAUCAAAAUGCAUUUACAUGCAUUAAUGGUCUCUUCUAAUACAGGAAUAGUUUCGUUUACAUCAAUUGUUUAGUUUAAUGCUCAUAAACGUGUAACUUGUAACAAGCUUAUCGAAUUACAUUCAUAUUACAUAUAAGGUAUACAUACAUAUCACUGUAUAACUUUACCUUGUUUAUGUAAAUAAAGGCGACCUAGUUAUGUUUAAUGUAAAUAAAGACAAUUUAAAAUUAAU